ACUGUUGAUUGGACUUGGUUUAUGAAUAACGAGAUAUUAGCGCAGCUGUAUACAUGUGUAUCAUAUGGACUUUGAACGUAUAACGUUAUGAGAUUUAACAACGCUUACUUCAAAUUAACAAUAUAGUAAGAUUAACAUUCAACAGAGUGUUCGUAUUAUGUGAUACGUUUCAUUUUACUUGGUAUGUCUUGGCAACAAAAUGUAUAAGUCACUCCAUGACUCUUGAUAGCGACAGAACCGUCAGGCGGCGAAUUCGAAACAAAGAGGAUUAUGAACAUAAAAAUAGCGUGCUGCAUGGCACCGGAAAUAUUGAUGUAAUUGAAUACAAACGUCAGUUACAGACCGCUACAAUGUUAUAAAGAAUUCUUCAACAUUAUAUACGAUCAUAGUUGUAUCAUGGACGAAAGUGAUGUUGAUAACAUGGACAUUGAUGCGGCUUUUGAUUGGCUUGAGGAAAAACAGAUAAACCAUCAGCUUCAGUCCUUAGAAGAGAUGAAACAGCUCAUUCGAGUACAUCUUCGCGCGUCUUCUAGCGAUCCGAAAUUAUCUAAGUCGCAUAAGGAAAACGUCCGUGACAGACCGCUAAAAUGUUAUAACGAAUUAUGUAACAUGAAAGACGAUGAUACUCGUAUCAUGGACGAAAGUGAUGUUGAUACUAUGGACAUUGAUGCGGCUUUUGAUUGGUUAGAUGAAAAUCAGAUAAGCCAUCAGCUUCAGUCCUUAGAAGAGAUGAGACAGCUCAUUCGAGUACAUCUUCGCGCGUCUUCUAGCGGUGCGAAAUUAUCUAAGUCGCAUAAGGAAAACGUCAGUGACACACCGCUACAAUGUUAUAAAGGAUUCUGCAACCUGAAAGACGAUGGUACUCAUAUCAUGGACAAAAGGGAUGUUGAUAACAUGGACAUUGAUGCGGCUUUUGAUUGGCUUGAGGAAAAUCAGAUAAGCCAUCAGCUACAGUCUUUAGUAGAGAUGAGACAGCUCAUUCGAGUACAUCUUCGCGCGUCUUCUAUCGGUGCGAAAUUAUCUACGUCGCAUAAGUCAGAGACAGACAUAAACGAAAUAGUUUCCAAGGAUAAAGAAUUUCGGAAACAUAUGUGUUUUCUAUAUGACGAACUCUUGAAAACUAUUAAAAACCAUCCAACAUUAACUGAUCUUUACGAAUACCUCUCUACAAGAAGCGAAUGUGAUAUUGAAACUAAGCUGCAAGAACAUAUAGACGAACUUCAGAGCAUGGACUGUCCAAUCGUGAUUGCAGGAGAAACAAGUGCUGGAAAAAGUUGUUUUAUUAACCUGCUUCUUGGAGAGGACGUACUGCCUGUCAGUUUGUUAUGUGCAACCGCCACAAUCUGUGUCAUCCAUCCCAUACCGCCAGGCGAAACACCGUAUUUCAAAGUCGAUGGAGAAAAUAGCAAAUGCAUGGGAAGUAAGGCAGAACUUAUUUCCCAACUGAACAAAAUAUUGACUUGCCGCUCUGACACCACCACUGUUAAACAAGUUCAUGUUUAUUGGCAAGUGCCUCUGCUGGGAUUGAAUCAACACGUAGUGAUUGUCGAUACACCCGGUGUAGGUGAGGACGAGCAAAUGACGAAUAAACUUUUUGAGUACCUUCCAAACGCAGCUGCUUUUAUAUAUUUGAUAAACUGUUCAAAUGCCGGCGGAGUCCAGGAAGACAAGUUGGUAAACAUUUUCAGAAAGGUUCUCGACUAUGACAAAUCAUCGGGAGUCUUUAGUUUCGAUUCAAAUUGUACAUUAUUUGUAUGCAACAAAUGGGAUGUAAUAAAAACAAGGGAAAAGGAAGGAGAAGACGGGCUUGAAACGAAGGUUUGGGAAGACAUAAUAUCAAAGAUAAAACGAUAUUUGCCAACUUGUCAAUUGGAACAACAUGUGUUCAAAAUGAGCACAACUAAGGCCUUACGAUACAUGAGAUGUGGAAUGGGCGACACAACGGAAUUUUCCGAACUUAAGGAAGGACUCAAAGGCUUGUUAAUGAAUAGUCAAACCAGUAGAUCUGGAAUGCACUAUAGGUGGUUAUUUUCAAUUUUGCAUCAUAUAGAAUUGUAUAUUUCUGCGCAAACCGCUAAUUUUUCGGUUGAACAAAAUAAUAUUUUAUACGACAAAGUGAUCACAAAGCUGAAUAACAUUUACGUCAGCAAAAGAAAGUUCGAACAAACACUCAAAAAGAUGUGCGAAGAAGUGUCAUUCAAAAUUUCACAUGAAAUAUAUCAACACCUGCGCAGGUUAGACGUACAAGAGCGAAUUCUUGCAAGACUUAAGGGACGGUAUGACUGUCAGAAAUACCAUAUACUCGAAGUUGUUAUCCAAGAACUAAAAGAUUGGGAAAACUCGGAUAAUUACCAAAGACAAUCAUUUGAAAAAUAUGCGUCCGAUAUUGAACAAGAAAUUCGACUUCUAGUAGAUGAAUGCACUGUCGCUGAAGCCGAAAUCGCUAACAUGUGUAACAUGUCAGAUGUAAUGGGGGAUCAAUCAGUGUUCUCCAGCUUUAUAACGCUUAUGGUUAGACGUGGCCCAAUCAUGGUCUUUUCAAGAUGGCGGCCAUUUUAUUUUGAUAUAUUCAUCCAUGUGUUUCAAAAGCUGCAUAUGCAAAGCAUGUUGCGUAAAAUAAUUACGCAAUCCUUUGACAUGGAACAUAUACAAGAUCGUAUUAACAAACAUUAUUUUUUCCCAAUGGAACAGAAAAUUCAGAAACAUUGCGAUAUUAUGAUAACGCGUCUAGUGGAGGGAAAUAAAAAACUUCUAGAUUCUAUUGUGAAUCAUAAUGCAAACGCACAUACACAAAUAAGGGAAUUCAGAGUAAUUCAAGAUGAAUUUCGAAUAAUUCGUGAAAAGUUAUGGAGGCUCGACAAAUAUUGAACAUGUUGAAAGGAACAUAUGACGAAUAAUACAUAGUUUAGUGAAUACAUUGUUAUUUGAUGUGAUCAUGAAUACAGUCACUUAUAUAGGAUUGAUUUUUGUAUUGCUACAUUUGUAGUGUUUUCAUGAUCGUAACAAAUUGUAGAGCUAGCAACAUUCUAUUUGUUAAGCAUAUAUAUAACAUUAUAGUUUACAAAUUCAACACACAAUGGAUAUAUUACGCAAGCUCUAGUACAUUACUCUAGAUACAAGUGAAACGAACAUCAUCAAUACAUACUGCAGAGUGGGUAUUGUAAUAUAUGUUUUUUCAUGUUUGGUCGACUUUAUACAGGCGAAGGCGUUGUUGAGACAUUCUUUACACAUUGCAUUUACAAAACAAUUAUACUUCGAUUAAAGUGUGUUUAAACAAAUAUGAAUAUUUUAUAAAUUGCAUCUGUAAUCAACAACUCAUAAAUGUUUUGUUCUUUUUAGAAAUGUUCUAACAGAAUAUAAAUAAUUAAUCUUACCCUGAUUAUGCAUCAAAAAGUCAUCUUUUAAUUAUAGGUAUGUUGUUUUUGUAUCACGUGUGUCGGUGUCAUGUUUUAUUAUUGCGUUAAAAGUUUUUAAAUACAGAAUAUUGAUAUAAACAUGUAUGGCAUUGACCGUCACAUUUGCAUAUAUGUUGUCCGUGUACACAUUAUUCUAGGCAAAUGUCGGUUAUUCAAGUGGAGUGUGUUUAGAUCACCUUCGUUGUGGAGACUUUAACGUUUAGUUUCUGACCCCUAACUCCAGACCAAAUGAGCUGGCGUCCGUAAACUUCAUAUUGUUUGUACCAUUUUGUUUUGAUAUGUCCUUUAUAUGAUAAUUUUAGAAAAACGCUUAUACCUGAUGUUUACAGAAGAAGACCAAGGAUGUUUAAAUUUUGAAAAUUAUUGAAUGUGUCUAGAAAAUCUAUACUGAUUCGUCUUGCUAAUUUCUGUAUUAAAGCAUUUAAACUUAGAGCCGAAAAUAUAUAGAGAAUAUGUUUUCCUCAGAAUUGUAUAUGAUAUCUAAAUGAUUUUUUUUCUCAAUCAAUUUACGGAUUUUGAACAUCCACUUACCUUUAUUUAAAAGAAAUAGUAAAAAGCCUUACAUUCUCAUUCAAAUCAUGAAACUUAAGAUGUAGACACCUACCAAGAUCUCUGAUUUCGAUAACAUAUGCAUUUUGUGUUUUUCGCAAAAAUCAAGGGGUUUCCUCUCAAUAACUUGAACAAAAUAGAACGGUUUUCCCUUCUGUUUACAAUUAUUCAUGUCAACAUCUUAUGAGGCUGCCCGUUGUGUUACUCAACAAAUAACUUUUUAGUGUUAAUGAUAAUUCAUACUCGCUUCGUAAAUGCACAAAACUUAUCAGCCGACAUCAAAUAAACAUAAAAUCAACCCGUAUAAGGGUAUUUUACUCGUUUUUAAGUCAAUUAUCUUCACAGCCGCCACAUAAUAUGUGUGUUAAUGUUGGUAUAUACGUGUAUUGCUAUCUGCAUCCUAUGAGCACACAGUAGAAAAUCUAACAAGAGACCCAACGGGUCAUAAAUUGUUUAAAUCUUACUGGACCGGCAUGGGGUUCCUUUUCUAGAAGUGUCUUUAGUUAAUCUAAAUUGUGUGUGAACUUGGAAGCCUUGUGUUGACAACUAAAUAAAGGCAUAAGAUCUAUUCUUCGAGUUGUAGUAUAUGUUUUAUCAUGCGACAACCAUCAAGAACAUAAUAUUCAUAAGUUUCGUUCGCGAUAUUUGAAUAUUUUCGUUGACCUUCUGCAUUCCGCCUACACAAAAGAGUUAUAAAUUAUAACCAAUGGAGUAAUGCCUAAAUGUUAUAAUGGUGGAGGUGGUUGGAUUUCAAAUCUAUGAUGAAAUUUUAAUCACGUAUUGUAUCAAAAGAGUAUUUUGUUAGGUUAAAAGUAACGAACAGGUCAUGGCAACUGGGGACAGCAGCAAUAUGACGUGGGUUGAGGCGCGAUACAAAUCCGUAAACGCGGCGGACGCAACAUUUGCAGUGCCAACACAAAAUAGGUUUGUCUUACCCUGUGGGCUGGGACGUGGUCAGGAAGACCGUGACUGCAAACGUAAACAAGUAUGUAGCGAUGGGAGUAUGGGGGACGAGCUCGAAUGCGAAACACAACGCUUUGUUAACCUUACUAUCGACGAAAAUGUAUUAUGU